AAGGCUGGCCGGGUCAGUCACGGUUUGUGCUGACACUUUUGCAGCAGAGAGAGAAGAAUUGGAGGAAAUCAAUUAAAGUGUGGGCACAAUGGCAGAGAAGAAAGUGAGUCUCCCUGCUAAGCUGAUUAAUGGGGGUGUGGCUGGACUGGUGGGCGUGACCUGCGUGUUUCCCAUUGAUCUCGCCAAGACCCGCCUCCAAAACCAGCAGGGUGCUCAUGUUUAUAGUGGAAUGCUGGACUGUUUGGCAAAGACGAUCAAAAUGGAGGGCUACUUUGGCAUGUACCGGGGUGCAGCUGUGAAUCUUACACUGGUCACUCCGGAGAAAGCCAUUAAACUGGCUGCCAAUGAUGUCUUCAGACAGAAGCUCUCCAAAGAUGGAAAAUUAGCUCUGUGGGGGGAAAUCCUUGCGGGCUGUGGAGCCGGAACCUGUCAGGUGGUAGUCACCUCCCCCAUGGAAAUGCUAAAAAUACAACUGCAGGAUGCUGGAAGGUUGGCUGCUCAGCGGACUGUCGCUGCCCCUGCCUCUACCGCUGGUCCGACCCCCUCGCUGGUUGCCUCUCGGGCAGCACAGCCGGGCACCAACGCCCUUCCUCAACCUUCAGCGACCCGUAUCACCCUAGAGCUACUUAAGACUCGAGGCCUCAGGGGACUUUAUAAGGGAGCAGGUGCUACUUUGAUGAGGGAUGUCCCGUUCUCUAUGAUCUACUUCCCGCUGUUCGCCAACCUCAACGCAGUGGGCCGCACUAAUGAUCGCCAUAGCAGCCCCCAGGAGCGGGCCCCCUUCCUGCAGUCUUUCGUGGCUGGCUGCAUGGCCGGCUCAGUGGCAGCAGUAGCUGUCACUCCCAUGGACGUUAUAAAGACCCGUCUACAGACCUUACAGAAGGGGGAAGGAGAGGACUCCUACAGAGGCAUCCUCGACUGUGUACGGCGUGUUAUAAAACGAGAAGGACCAUCUGCAUUUCUUAAAGGAGCAGCGUGUCGAGCUUUGGUCAUCGCUCCGCUCUUUGGCAUCGCUCAGGGCGUGUAUUUCCUGGGCAUCGGCGAGCAUGUGCUGGGGCUGCUGGGAUAGCGGCAGGUGACGUCACCUCAGUCAUCAUACACGCAGUACUGUUCCUACAUGGGCCAAGGUAUGAAGAUGAGAGAUGAAGGAAGACGUGGCUAAAAGAAGAUCAAAUGAUGAUAAAAGAAGCUCCCCGACUGUAUUUGCGAUGAGGUUAAUAUGGAGGGAAUUUCACAUUACUAACCAAAGGAGGUUAAGACACUUUGGGAGAACAGAGGAGGGUUAUGUAACGUUAACAUAAAAGCCUAUAUUGCACACUAACCAUGUUUAAAUACCUAAAAACUACAAACAGGGUUCUUAAGGUAAGACAGGGUCCUGUUCUGACUAAUCCGGAAGGGUUUUUUGUCCAAUUAAUAUUGUUUUUAUGUCUUUAAAGCCCAUAGCUACAAUCAGUUUUAAGCCAACGUGAUUCGUGAUAAUCAACUUAUCGGUUGUGAACAAGGUCGAUGUGCAUUUAAAAAAGGUAUUGAAGCCCAUUUUCACCAAGGAAUAAAAAACAAUGAUAAUUUUAAUUUUUUUAUCUUAUGAUUCAGAAUUUAUUCCUUGCAAUUCUAAGAAAGAAAAGUCAGAAUUUUUCUCAGAAUUUUGAGUUUAGGUCUCACAAUUCUGUUUUGUUUUUCCCUGCCACCAAAUAAAAUUUUUAAAAAGGUAAUUGUGUGUUUAUCUCACAAUUCUGUGAGGUAACGGCUUGCAACUCUUUACAUCUUGCAAUUCUGACUUUUUUUCUUGCAAUUCCAUGUUUUUUCUCACAAUUAUAAGUUUAUAUCUUGCACUUCUGACUUUUCCCUCCGAAUUCUGAGUUUACAUCUCACAAUUUUUCGCCACCAAAUGAAAAAAUAAAAAAGAUCAUUUUGAUUGUUUCUCAAAAUUCUGAGUUUACAUCUUGAAGUUCUGUUUAUAUCUCUUAAUUCUUAGUUUUUUCCUCAAUUCUGAGUUAAAAUCUCAAAAUUUUGACUUUUUUUCUCUGAAUUCUGAGUUUACAUUUCGCAACUGUUUUUUACACCAUUGGAAAAAAAAUUAAUUGCGGCUGUUUCUCACAAUUCUGACGAUAGGUAUUUUGUUUAUAUCUCACAAUUAUGCUUAGAAUUCUGACUUUACAUCUAAAUUGUGAUUUUUUUUUUCCAUAGAAGUCUGUUUUCACAUCUCGAAAUUGGGACUUUUUUCUCUGAAUUCUGAGUUUACAUUUCACAAUUCAGAUUUUUUUUUCCACCACCGAAUAAAUAAAAAAAGGUAAUUUAUCUCAGAAUUUUGAGUUUGUCUCACAAUUGCAAGAAAAAAGUCUGAAUUAAGACAUAAACUCAGAAUUGCCAGAAAAAAAAUCCCAAUUA